AUGAAUUUCAGUUGCAGAGUUAAUUUCCUCGAUUUAGUUGGCAGUGGUAGCAGUGAACACCCUCUCUUCCACUCGUUAUAGGUGACGUUAAGGUUUGUAGUGCAAUUGACUUGUAAAAGGUGAUACGGAUAUCGCACAAAAAAAAUGGCUUCAGGGGUGACGGUGUCUGAUGCUUGUAAAACGACAUAUGAAGAGAUCAAAAAGGAUAAAAAACAUCGAUACGUAGUCUUUUAUAUCAAGGAUGAGAAACAGAUCGAUGUUGAGUAUAUAGGUGACCGCAAUGCUGCGUACGACCAGUUCCUUGAAGACCUCCAGAAGGCUGGUACAGGUGAAUGCCGAUAUGGCCUCUUCGACUUUGAAUACACACAUCAAUGCCAGGGCACGUCUGAGGCCUCCAAGAAACAAAAGUUGUUCCUCAUGUCCUGGUGCCCCGACACUGCCAAGGUCAAGAAGAAGAUGUUGUACUCUUCCUCCUUUGAUGCCCUUAAGAAAUCGCUGGUUGGUGUUCAGAAGUACAUUCAGGCCACGGACCUGUCGGAAGCAUCUGAGGAAGCCGUGGAGGAAAAACUGCGCGCCACUGAUCGGCAGUAACUGCCCCAAGUCUCUAGGAAAAAUAAGACGAGACGCGGUUGAGCAGAAGGCACGGUGAUCCUUGUAUCGCUAGUUUCUGCUCCGAGUCUCAUUCAAGCAUUUAUUUAUUUAUAUUUAUUAGCAAAAUUAUAAAGUUUUGUUUUGGGUUUGCGAGUGGCCCCUGGCCCGUGGAGUGACUAGUCAAACAGAAACCGUUGUACUAAGGUAAGCCCGUGCCGGUCUGCUCACUCGUGCUGUACUUCUUGUUAUUCUUACCGCUAAUUAUUUUUCCUAGACAAUUUUGUACUGAUUCAUGAAACAAAAAUUACAUAUUAUGUUGUGUAGAUGUAUUUUCAUUUUUUGAUCGAAGCUGGAUAUAGGCUAUAAUUAUAUUAUAUAAUAUAAUUCUUUUCAUUUCUAA